GGAACAGCUACAGAAAGGCCAACGACAACCUAAAUCUACCUACACCACCGAACUGAACUCUCGACCACAGAAAGACUACUACCCAAGAUGGGCCCCCUACCACCCUCCUCCUGUCCCUUCUGCAACAUCGCUACCACAUACCCCCCGAUACCCCCCACCACGUUCCUCCGCCAACAAGACCAGAGCAAGAAUGCCCAUCCCCAUCCUCACCAUCUAAAUAUAGUUGCGCCGCGGCAGCCCCUCUCCCCAGAUUCCUUCAUCGGGGAAGAACAAGAUGCCUCACCGACACCGACACCGACACCGACACCGACACCACAGGCCCGGGCCCGGGCCCACCUCAUCCUUUCGACCAGGGAUGUCUUGGCCUUUUUGGAUAUCAUGCCCUUGACCAGGGGUCACGUAUUGGUUGCGCCCAGGGGGCAUUUUGAGAAGUUGGGGGAUGUUGGGGUGGUAAGCGGGAGAGAGAUCGGCCAAUGGCUCCCUAUCAUCUCCCGAGUUGUUAUGCGUACGCUCUUCGGUGAAGAGUCCAAGGAAUUUAAUUCCGAUUGGAAUUGGAAUGUCGUGCAGAAUAAUGGUGCCAGAGCAGCGCAGCAAGUGCCUCAUGUGCAUUUUCACAUUAUCCCCCGGCCACCGGAUAGGCCCGCGUCUGGCCCCGGUCAAUCGAGCAAGAGCUAUGUCAUGUUUGGACGAGGCCAGAGGGAUGAAUUAGAUGAUGAAGAGGGGGAAAGCCUGGCCCGGUUAUUGAGGGAGGAGCUGGCGAGGGAGAUAAUACGGGUGAGGAGGGAGGAGGAUAUAGAUCUGGAGAGGGGGUUUGACUCCGUGGAUAGAAAGUGGAAGGUGACCGGGAAGCUCUGA